AUGCCAUGUAAGGAUAGCCGGCUGAACAACAACAGCUUAACAGGUCCUAUUCCUAUGUCACUGACUAAUAUCUCAUCACUGCAAGUGUUGGAUCUAUCAAACAACCAUCUGUCAGGAGCAGUUCCAGAUAAUGGUUCCUUUUCAUUGUUUACACCCAUCAGUUUUGCCAACAACGUGGGUCUCUGUGGCCCAGUUACGGGCCGCCCUUGCCCUGGAUCUCCUCCAUUUUCUCCACCUCCUCCAUUUGUCCCACCACCACCAAUAUCAACUCCAGCUGACUCCUUUGGACUGGCUCAUUCUCAACCUUCAAAGCUUAUUAUAUCUGGCAUUACCAGUUGCAAGCCUGUCAUGGGGAACAGUGCUACUGGAGCCAUAGCUGGAGGAGUUGCUGCUGGUGCUGCUCUCCUGUUUGCAGCCCCUGCCAUUGCCUUUGCAUGGUGGCGUCGCAGGAAACCACAAGAAUUUUUCUUUGAUGUGCCUGCUGAGGAAGAUCCUGAAGUUCACCUGGGUCAGCUCAAAAGGUUUUCUCUGCGAGAAUUACAAGUGGCAACAGAUGGUUUUAGUAAUAAAAAUAUUUUAGGAAGAGGAGGAUUUGGUAAGGUGUACAAGGGAAGACUUGCAGAUGGCUCAUUGGUGGCUGUAAAACGACUGAAAGAGGAGCGGACACCUGGUGGGGAGUUGCAAUUCCAAACAGAAGUUGAGAUGAUCAGCAUGGCUGUUCAUCGCAAUCUACUAAGGUUGCGUGGGUUUUGCAUGACUCCUACCGAACGUCUUCUUGUUUAUCCUUAUAUGGCAAAUGGAAGUGUCGCUUCAUGUUUACGAGUUCAUCUGGCGGAUUUCCCAAUUCCUAAAAUAGUAUAUACUUGCAUGGUGUGUCUUGUGAUAGAAACAGUGAAAGGGCUUUUGAAGGAGAAGAAACUAGAAUUGCUGGUUGAUCCUGAUCUGCAGAACAAAUAUGUUGGGGCUGAAGUGGAGCAGCUUAUCCAGGUUGCACUGCUUUGCACGCAAGGUUCUCCAAUGGAACGACCAAAGAUGUCAGAAGUAGUCAGAAUGCUAGAAGGUGAUGGCUUAGCUGAGAGAUGGGAUGAGUGGCAAAAGGUAGAAGUGCUCCGCCAAGAGGUUGAGCUUGCCCCGCACCCUAACUCAGAUUGGAUUGUUGACUCAACAGAAAAUCUACAUGCGGUUGAGUUGUCUGGGCCAAGGUAA